AUGGCAUCCGAUCCCCGCCCGUCUACGCCGAGCCGAGACAUCCUCGACCCCGAGGACAUGGUGCUGGACCAGGAGAUCGGGGACUUCCUGGCGGCCAACUGGUCCUGGCCUUUCCGGGUGGACCCCGGGGACGUCCUCGACCUGGAAUGCUCGGACCUCGAGGAGGGGGAGGUCCCGGCCCGAUCAUCGCCACGGGCCACGGAGCCGUCUCCUCAGCCCGACCGACCGACCUCGCCGACGGUGGAUCCCCAGCCGGCCGUCGUCUCUCCGCCGGCUGCGUCGCCUCCGCUCCGAGUCCGGUUCGCUUCGUCACCUCGGCGGCGGAUUCAGAUUUCUCCGCCCCGUUCUCAUCAUCACCCCGCCUCUCCAUCUCGUCCUCAUCGUCGCCCCGCCUCUCCAUCUCGUCCUCCUCGUCGCCCCGCCUCUCCAUCUCGUCAUCAUCAUCGCCCCGCCUCUCCAUCUCGUCAUCAUCAUCGCCCCGCCUCUCCACCUCGUCCUCAUCGUCGCCCCGCCUCUCCAUCUCGUCCUCCUCGUCGCCCCGCCUCUCCACCUCGUCCUCAUCGUCGCCCCGCCUCUCCAUCUCGUCCUCCUCGUCGCCCCGCCUCUCCAUCUCGUCAUCAUCGCCGCCCCACCUCUCCGUCUCGUCGUCAUCACCGCCCUGCCUCCCCGCCCCGUCAUCCUCGCAGUCCUGCCUCUCCGCCCCAUCGUCGCUGCCGUCCCGUCUCUUCAUCCCGUCAUAGCUGCCGUCCCGUCUCUUCAUCCCGUCAUAGCUGCCGUCCCGCCUCGCCACCCAGUCGCCAUCCUGGCCCCGCCGCACUGCCUCGCCCACGUCUUGUCUUGCCGACUCGUCGCCUGCCCGAGCGUCGCCGUCGCGACUCCCCUCCUCGCCGCCCCCGUCUGGGAGAAGCACCAGCUGGAGCCGGAGCAGGCCCAGCGCGCCGCAGACCGUCCCCCAUCAUCUGGGAACCAGCUCGACCGAGUGGCCUGGCCCGAGCCCCUGUUCGCCGGACAGAGCCCGAAGAGACGGUCACCGGGAACGCCCUUCCGCUGUCCCGGGCAGUCCUACUACGGCUGGUAGCCGCCUACAACCAGCUCACACCGGAGCAGCGGCGCAACAAACGCUGGAGAAUUAUGCUGGGAGGCGACCGAUACGUGCGGCUGCGACCGAGCCAGGUGCUGCGAGUCGUCCGAGGCCGACUGCCGGAGCUGAGGCGGCGCUUCCAGCAGCAAGGAGGCAAUCGACCCCGCUAA